UCCGAGCCGUUAUGCUACAUGCUUGUUGCUGACGCUGAGCCCUUUCUAAAAGGAAACAGCUGGUUACGUAACGCCCUGGACCAGAGCUAGGAUCCCCAUGCUUCUCGGUCCCGUCCGCGCUCCGCUCCGCGUCGUGUUGUUCACACUUGGCUUGGCUUUGUUUAUUCCCAGUCCAAAGUCCGACAGACAGACAGCUCACACACAACAGCACAGGACAAGGAGACAGACCACUCGGUUGUACCAACUUUUUUCCCCGAAAAACUCUGCUCCAAACCAGCGAUCACCAUGGGGAAAGGCUGCGUGACGGCAACCAAGUACUUCCUGUUCCUCUUCAACGUCCUCUUCUUCCUGUUUGGUGCCCUCAUCAUGGGGUUCGGACUGUGGGUCCUUCUGGACAAUGAGAGUUUCAUAGUCGUCCUGCAAGAGUCCUCCUCAGGGCUGAAGAUAGCUUCCUACAUCCUGAUAGGUGUAGGGGGUCUCUCCAUGUUGAUGGGCUUCCUGGGCUGCCUGGGGGCCAUCUACGAGAUCCGCUGUCUGCUGGGCCUGUACUUCACCUGCCUGCUGCUGAUUCUGAUUGGUCAGGUGGCAGCUGGUGUACUCCUCUACUUCCAGAAGGACCUGCUAAAUAAUGAGAUGUCCAACAUCAUGACCCAGAUCCUGAGCAACUACCCUGGCAAGAACAGCACCACCGAGCAGGCCUGGGACUACAUACAGAGGACGAUGGAGUGUUGUGGAUGGAGUGGUCGUAUGGACUGGCAUGGUAAUGCUGUCAUGGUGAACAGUUCCCAGCUGUUGUUUCCAUGUUCCUGCCAGAACGCGUCGCUGGUUGAGGGUAAUUCCUCCUCCGACAGCGGCUUCUGUGAGGCACAGUCACUUGACUGGCCCGUCUACCAAAGGGGCUGUAACUCCAGUGUAGAGAGCUGGCUGUUUGCCAAUGCUGGAGUGAUCCUGGGGGUCUGCCUGGGAGUGGCUGUCAUUGAGCUCCUGGGUAUGAUCCUGUCCAUUGGGCUGUGUAGGAGCAUACACACUGAGGAAUACACCAAAGUGCCAAAGUACUGAAGAUGAUGACGGGGAUGCUAUGACACACACACACACACACACACACACACACACACACACACACACACAUACACACACAUACACACACAUACACACACAUACACAUACACAUAUGUUCUCUCUCUCUCCCUUUAUUUGGAGAAAUGCGUUCGGUGCAAAUGUUUUAUUUUCUUUCAUUUUUGUUUAAUUUGUUUAGUUUUUGUUUGUAUUAUUUGGAGGCACUUGUGUCCUUUCUGUCAGUCCAGUUUCCAUUGGAGGCACUUUAGGAAGUGUAGUUAUGGAUUAGAGAGGAAGACGGGUCACAGCGACAACAGAAAAGAGAGAUGUGGAGAAAAGUAGGACAGGAAGGGUGAAGAGAGGACAGAGAAGAUGAGGAUGUAGAGAGAGAUGGAGGGUAGUCUUCCACCUUCGGCAGAUACAGUCUAUCACCUCCCUGACUUCUGACUAGAUCCAUUUUAGCAUCAGGAGUCAAUAAUGAUCGGCAUUGUUUGUCGGCUCUCAUAGGGCCCAAUCCUAACUUCAGAUAUGCGUGGGUAUUCAAAAUGUACAAUUUGAGAUUUUCAAUUGGAGAAUUUCAUUGGGAGAUUUGGUUUGAAAAAUGUGAGUUGCGUUCACAGAUCUCAAGUUAGGUUUACGCACAUUGUUGAGUUGACCUGACUAGAAGAAAAAGGUAUUGGACAACUGGAAAAUAAACGACAUUAUGUUGUUGUUUUCUGUACUUCAGUGUUUUGAGUUGUUAUGCGUUUUUGUUUUGUUAUAGUACCUUGUAUAUAAUUUUUGUUCGGUAUUUCGUGAGCCUCUGAAUCCGCGUUUUUGUGAAGAUGCGGUUUACUCCUUGUUUUUUAAAAGGUUUUUUUCAUUGCAUGUUUUCUUUUUCAUGUAUUUCGUUUUUUUUGGUGCAGUUUAGAUUUUUUAUUGAUCAUUUUGUUUAAAGUAAUAGGAAUAAUGAGAUACUAAAGAGGACCAAGAUUCUGAAACUUUAAAGAAGGGUUCCCCAACUGGUGGCCAGCGGGGGAUUUUCAUUUAUUAUUAUCUGGUCCAAAAUAUUCCCACGCAUAAUAUGUGAUUUGUGACCGUAUACAAAUCUAAGCAAGCUUUGAAAUUAUUAUGUUUUAGUCAAAUAUUAUAUCUGUUUGGGCUUCUUGCUGUCAAUUUGCAGUCUACAAAUUAUUUGUAAUUAUGUUCCGGCCCCCUGACCAUCCUCUCAAUGAAAAUAAUCGUCCCUCGACUGAGUCUAGUUGAUCCCUGCUUUAAAGUGUCUCCAAAUAAUCCUCCUCCCAUAUUGGCAAAGAAAGCCUUUGUUUACAAUUGUCUUCUGAUGACAAACAGAAUACUUAGUUAUGAAUUUUAUGUUGAUUUAGUGUAUCUUCCUGGUUGUGAGUUACUCUAAAGCUUUCCAUCUUUUGUGAUGACUGCUUUCACGUAAAUACCUAAUUUUCCUUCUGAAGACAAACAUACACGUUUAAGAAAUGAACCAUUUUGUUUUAACAAUAUUUUUUUAAAUCAGGGAUAUGUAACCUUUUUUCUGUGAGUGAAGAGCAAAUUUAAACAAUAGAAGCUGGGUUCUGUUUUUGUUUUUUUAAGAGGAAAAAAGUAUGUUAUUUUGUGAAAAUAUCUGUUUUGACCAGUAAUUUUUUAUGUACAGUAAAUCAUUUAGAAUUAAAUUCAUGUAUAUUUUUUAACUUUGAAGGUUUUAUUUCAUAUUUUGGCUUUUUAUAAUAUCUUUUUUUUUUUUUUUUUUUUGUCUGAUUGAUAAACCUUCCUUGACCUUGGAGUAAUUUGUUAACCAUAGGACUAUUAAUUAAGAACUUUGAACUUCUGUCUGCUAGCUGGAUCAGUUAAAGUAUACUCACCCCAUUGAUUCUGUUUUAUUUUGUCAAUAAACAUUGAAUAGACUGA